UUAGUUCCUAAAGAUUCUAUUAACAUUGUAUCAAAUAAUAAGGAGAUUGAUUGUGAUCAGCUUGAAAGACCACAAACAACUUUAAGCUAUGGUGUACGAUUAAGUAAUAUUGUAGAGAUUUGGGAGUUGGUUA